CUCGGGAAUACCAAUUAUGGCGAGUGGUCUAUCCGAAUGGAGGCAGAGCUUAUCCGAAAGGGUUUAUGGGAUAUGGUGUUUGCUGAGGUGGAUGUGGAUGGAAAGACAGAUGACGAGACACUUGCCCAAGUCCAUCGUGCAUGUGGCCUAGGUACCAGGAUGGCAUUGCGAUGGAAGUUGUUGACAGCGACUAAAGGUAUGGGAGAGGCUAUGUCUGCCUGGAUUAGUCGUGUCAAGGGUAUGGCUCUGGAUUUGGAGGAUAUUGGUGUUACUGUGGAUGAUGAAGACCGGAUUCUUGCACUUACGACUGGACUCGACAAAUUGUAUGAUUCAUUUGUCAUCUCACUCGACUCAACGGCCACUGCAGAUCUUACUUUCGAUCAUGUGGUCAACUGCUUACUCAAUGAAGACGUUCGGCGA